UUCAGAUUUAAAUGACAAUGAUUGGCACAAGCUUGAAUUGAACAUGGAUAUCAAUACUGGCGGAUUUGCUGUAUCAUUAGAUUCCUACACUUCCCAGCAGGGGGAGCUCAAAGCCUUUGAACCUUUGAUCCGCCAAAAUGCCUUACAGUGGGAACAUUUACCAUCUUCUAUAUAUUAUGGAGGCACUGAUGUACCUCAGAGCUCUGACUUUAUCUCGUUUAUUGGUUGCCUGAAGGACCUGAUGUAUGAGAACUCCGAUGGGGACUAUAUUCACGUACCCAUAGAGGCGUCGCAGAAUGUGACAGAGGGGUGCCACCAUCAGUGUGACGAAGAGGAGAAUCCCUGCCAACAUAACAGCACGUGUAUUAACCACUAUGACCACGUCACAUGCGAGUGCUUUGGCACGGAUUACGAAGGGGAACUCUGCGAGAAAGAAGGUGUGACGAAGAUAACGCUGAGGGGUUACGAAUGGUUAACUUAUCAGUUGUACAUAGACAAACUCGACCCAGCCAUUCAGAUUGCCCGGGUCAGCAUGGAAUUCAAGACGGAACGUAACACUGGUAUACUGCUGUAUGCUGUGGGUGGCUCUCCGACCUACUCCCACAUCAUUGCGCUGCUCAACAGUGGUUUCGUCAACGUGUCCAUCUCGUCCGAUAAUGUAGACUACGACUUCAGCAUUAGUGUAGAAAUGGACAAGGAUCGCCUCCAUGGAUGGCACAAUCUUACCCUGGUACAUCAGGGUCCUGUGAUGUAUGUUCAUCUCGAUGACAAAACUGUACAGAAGACAGUACAGAACUACCUCAACCUUGAUCCCCACGUCUACUUUGGAGGAGGGAAAAACUUCGUCAAGACCAAAGGUCUGGAGGUAACGCAGAACUUCAUCGGAUGUCUCCGGAACAUCUACUUCAAUGACAAAUCAAUCCUUUACGACUUGCGAUAUGGCAAGGGAUCCACCCAGUACCACGGUGGAACAGCUGUCAGUUACGGCUGUAAUUCAAUCCGGAACAUUCCGUUGUCUUUCCCUCGUGUCGGCACCAUGCUGACCCUAGAGAACCCUGUUAAGGAUGAUCUGGACAUACAGCUGGAGUUCAGAACCAUAAAGGAUACUGCCGUCCUUCUCUAUGCCACCCUCUCAACAUUCAACAGCCUUGAGGGUCAUGAUAUCGGCACCUUACAGGUGUUGCUGUCCGAUGGUCAUCCAGAGUUGGUGUUUGUCCCCUUACGCAAGAAACAAAACAUCACACAGACCAUCACCUUUGACCACCAUGUCAACGAUAACCUCUGGCAUUCCUUGAAUCUCACUUUCAGAAACAGGGUCCCUUCUUUGACCAUUGAUGGGGUCACGUUGAAUGCUGUGCCUUAUGAUUAUCAGAAGGUCGAGUUAAAAAGCAACAUCAUAAUAGGUUAUGAUUUCUCAGUAAAAAUGGGAUUUAUGGGAUGUAUCCGGAAUGUCUACCUGCAAGACAAAGCGGUUGACCUAAUCACCAUUGUCCAAUCGGCAGCAGCCAACGGGCCCCAACUGGACGGCUGUCCCCUCGAAGAUUUCUGCCAGAAACGAAUGAUCUGCGAGCACAACAGCAAGUGUGUGUCCGACUGGAGGGACAUGCAUUGCGACUGCUCUGGAACUGGAUACGAAGGGGAGACUUGUCACUUUGCAAAACACCGUCAAAACUGCAACGACUACUACCUGGCCGGAAAGCGCAAGUCUGGCGUCUACCCUGCCGAUUUGGACGGCAAUGGACCGCUGCCCCCUACGUACAUCACCUGUGACAUGCAAUCGAAGAAGAUGGUCAGUGAACAUGAAGCUGUGUAUGGCGUGACCAUGGUCACGCACAACCUCAACAAUAACUACACUGUACAGUCUGAGAAGUUACCUGAUCUCAAAAUAACUAUUUCAUACAGAGAAAUGAGCAAGAAACAUCUGGCCCUGUUAGCUUCCCAGUCUGCCUUCUGCGAGCAGAAAAUUGAGUACCAGUGUUACGAUAUGCCUAUACGGUUGGGGUCCAGCAUCUGGUUUAAGACGGCCAAAGAAGUGAUUGUCAAAGCCAUGGGCACCGACACAGUUGGGGCCUGUUCCUGCUCCCUCGACUAUUCUUGUUCCAACAACUACAACAAAUGCAACUGUGAUCAACGCCAAGGAAUCUGGCAAAAGGACUCUGGGGUGAUCCAAGACAAAGAACAAGUUCCUAUCACUGACAUCUAUGCUGAAAGACAUGAAAACAUUCCUCAUGGAAUUGGUACGGUCAGUUUAGGGCCAUUGAAAUGCUGGGGAGACAGAGUCCAUCAACAGGUGAAAGCCAUCACGUUCAAGUCCCGUGAGUCGUACCUGCAGUCACCAGCCUGGACAUAUGAAGACCUCCACUUCUCAUUCCGCACUUUCAACGACCAGGCCCUCCUUGUCUACCAGACCGACGGCAACGGAAGCCACAUUGUCAUUAAGUUGGAAUCAGGUAACACCAUCAAGUUUGAGGCAUUGCUCGGUAAAAACCUCACUGAAAUCACCCUGCGGUCUGACACUCGAGUGGACGAUGGCCAGUGGCACAUUGUGAAACUCGAGCACGACAACUACAACAUUCGUAUGACAUUUGGAAUGAAGAGAGAACUGCGAAAAUUUACCUCUAAAUUGUUGAGCGUGUUUCCUUCAGAUGUCUACAUGUAUAUUGGUGGAGCACCAUCUGACCUCAAGCAUGUAGCAACGCUACCAGGUCUGGCCGGAUGCAUUAGGGAUCUCGUCUACAACAACCAGAUUGUUAAAUUGGAUCUGCCAGGAAUACAAAGAGUUGGUGAAAUCUACCCUGGUUGCAUUGCAGCAUGCGAACGGGGACCCUGCCAGAAUGGUGGACGAUGCGUAGAGUUGUGGGGUAGCUACGACUGCAUCUGUGAAAACAAGUGGUCCCAUUUGGGCUUUGACUGUGACCAAAAUAUUGACAAGGACACAGUGACCUUCACAGGGAAAGAGGACUCUUUCCUCUUCUUCGACAAGACACAGCGACCCAGUGUCAUGGACGAAACAAUCGUGGUCAGUUUCCGCACAAGAAAGAUGGAUGCUCUCUUGCUCUAUCUCUAUGACAACUUUAACAACUUUGUCCAGCUGGAGCUACAGGAAGAGAAGAAAAUCAUCUUAACUUUUAACUCAUUUUCCGAUGUCCGCACUGGCGUACUCGAAUAUCCAGAAAUCCUCAAUGAUGAAAACUGGCACCAAGUAAUUGUGGAGAAAGUGAAUAAAACCUACCGAAUCCAGAUUGGACAAUCCAGUGUGGUGGUUUUCCAUCUUCGACUCAAGAAAACAAUGGAACCCUUAGAGAAAAAAGUAUCUGUGGUGCCGCCAACACCAAACCCUUCAAAGAAGUUCGUUCACCUGUAUGUGGGUGGGGUGCCAUUUCCUGACACCCAAGUGCCCAACUUGGCCGGUUGUAUUCGGGGACUGAAGAUUGGCAGAGAUGUCUUCUACCUGAGGAAGGCCAGCCGCAAUAAAGCAAGUGUGAAGAAGGAGUGUAAGGCAGGGUGUGGCAUCAACCCCUGCCUCAAUGAUGGCCACUGCACAAACCUGUGGGGCAACAAGGAAAUCUUUUGUGACUGCAGCAUAAGUAGUUUCACUGGAAGGUACUGCACUCUUGAACCCUGUGGUGAAUUUCGUGGGGAUACCAUCCUACAGUACAAGUUCGACCCCAUCAGAUACGCGGCUGCCAAGACUGACAAGGAGAAACUGUUUGUUAGUUUUGCGACCAACGUCACCGGACCUGGCAAAUACGUCCUUGUCGAUGUGUAUAGUACCACCACCGAUGAACAGAUCAUACUCACCCUCGAGCCAGACAAAAGGGUCAGCGUGGAAACCGACCAAGGUGUGGGAUUCUGUAAGUUUUCUAUCUUUCCUCUAACGUUCUCUUGUUUUCAUUUUCUCUUCCCAAAGAUUAUUUGGUUGUUGGUCAUCACAUGUACUGAAACGGAGAGACCCUUCGUCCCGUUCCCUUGACCCCCCACCCCAUCC